GCAGGUAGGUUUUGACUUAUCGGAACUCGCUCGCACUACAAAAAAAAAAGCGAACUGUUUUGCUUUAUAGAAGUUGAAGUGAUCUGCUGGAGUUAGUAGAGUGAUUCUGAAGAGGAGCUUCAACCACUUAACGAGAUGGCUUCUCUCCUCGAUCUCAAAGAAGCCUUGAUGGAGACCCUCGAGGCGAAGGGGGUUCUAGGCGAGAUGCGCGCUCAGGUGCAGAAAGAGAUAUUUUGCAGCUUGGAUGAAAAAACAGCCUCAAGACCCGACAUACCGACUCCGAAUUUGAUCAUUAACGAACUGAUACGGGAAUAUUUGGAGUACUAGUUUUUUCUUUCGUAAUAUUUCUUUGAUACGCCAUCCUUAUUGAGAAAUUCCUAUAAAUAUGUUCAUCCUGAUGCAGCUAUCAUGUGUUCUUGCACAGUUAUAGACAUAACGACCAAGGCUGACCAAAUGAUGGCCUCUCUCAUCGUCCCCCAUAUCUCUCGUCCAGGUACAAUCAGAAUUUCCACACUCUGUCCGUUUUUCUAGCUGAGUCCGGACAUCCAGAAACUCGAGUGUUUGAUCGCCGGUUCAUCGCAGACGAACUCAAGGUAGGCGACGUGACCAAUAACGCGGAUGCGAGAGGAGGCAGUAAUCAAUCUAGACUGCCAUUGUUGUAUGCACUGACGCAGAAGAAGACUUCUAGUAGUGCAGACUCGCCUGAGAAGACGAAAGGAGGAGGUGCACCUUCUUCGAGGCCGAGUCGGGUGCAGGAGGAGUCUAGUGGCAUUGGUGCGAGGAGAAGACGAAGCGGCCAAUUGGAUGAUAUUGCCUUAAGGCUGGCAUGAUCACCUGCACCAUUCAUGCUAGACCUAGCUUUACAGAUUUACUAAUUUACUUAUGAUCUUGUGUUGUAGGAGUUUGAUUAUUCUCAUCAGGCUUUUUCUUUCUCAAACAAUUCAUUGUAGUAGACACAUCAGCACCUCAACUUAGAUGGAGUACUUCCAUCCGCCUCUAAUCGCCGCCACAACGAAGCUGGAUACUCCGAAGCUGUUUUUUCCGCGAGAAACAGACAAGCUCGACACGAAGAUUAGUCCUGCACGACUGAUAGCUGAAAAUAGAGACGUCAUAAUGAAAGAACCAAUGCUUUUUGCGACGAAAAGAUGACCAUUUGGACUGUUUGGUAGAACUGAUACAAAGAAAUACUUACAAAGGACCUCCAGUGCUUGCUCUUACAACUAUUGUUCUGUCUGGCGGUUCUACAGGUGUUUUCGUGAUGUUUCAUCGAUAGAAGAUUUGCAGUGAGUUUGCGAGGAGGAUCAGGAAAGCAGGUUGACGGAGAUCGCUGCAACGUAGUUUUUCUACUUCUAGAGGAGUGGAAAUAUUAAUAUUCUCUAUGAAUAAAAUAAGUGAGAGUACUAGUUUGAAAAUUUUCGGAGGUUUUUUGUUCUGUAGAUAGAAGAACGAUGGAACAAUCGGAAUCAGAAACUUAUGCCGCCGCGAGGCCAUUCGUGAGCACAUCCGCAAUAGCCGGACAGAGGAAUGCAACAUCUGGUUCUCAGAGCGCACCUUUCUCGGAAGCGAAACUAGCACAGACCACGGAGGCUAGACACUUUUUCACACUUAGCACUGCAUCUUCGUCAUCUUCCUCUUCAUCUCCAGAACCUACCACAGAAGUACCCUCAUGUAGCACAUCUGCACAAGUAGCGUCUCAAAUUCAAACCGAGUUGAAGCAUGUGGUCGCUUCAGAAUUAGCCAUGCAUCGUACCCAUAUGGUCGACGAUCUAGCAAAGAGAUUAUGGGAAAAUGAUGAGUUUAGACCUCGACUUGCGGCGCUGGCAGACCGUCAUCGCCUUUGGAGAGAGAGACAACGGAGGAACGAUAAGGAGCAGCAAGGAAGGAUAGCUAAACCUGAGAAUGGACAACAUGUUGAGCAGCAACAUCAUGAAUUGAUAGCUCAAAUUGAUAGCACGUUGUGAAAAGAAAUUGUAGCGCCGAAGUCCUCGAGAGUGUUAGUAUAACACAUAACAGAGCAGGAUCCAUGUGAGGACAUGACACAAGUCCUCUAGCUCUUGCCCACAGCUGGCGUGCAC